CAGCUGCAGCAGCACCACCAUCUCCUCUCCUCUCUCUCUCUCUCUUCAUCUUCUCCAUCUUCACAGCGCCAACAAUCAUAUUCAUACAUACACAUACAUUCCAUACACACAGGACUAGUAAAGGAAAGCAUGGAAGGUUUAAAAAUGGUGAAAAUGGCGAAACCCCAUUAAAGAUCUGAAGCGGAUUUAAGCUUCCACACAGAGAGAGAAAGCAAGAGAGAGAGAGAGAGAGAGAGAGAGAGAGAGAGGAGCAGAAAAGCUAGGCAUCAUUGUCUUCUUUCCUCUGCUUUUUCCUUUCAGUUACUAACUUUAUCCCCAUUUUAUUCCUCGGACCGGUCUUCAUCUCCCCUUUCUUCUUUAGGGUUUCUUUCCCAUUCUCUCGCCCCAACUCCAUUCAAGAUCCACCCCGAACUUCUGCAACCCUUAAUUUCAUCACCACUCGCCUGAAUUGCUUCGUUGAGCUGAAACGGAAUUUCUAGGGUUUGCGAAUUUGAAAUUUGGGGAUUUGGGUUAGAAUGGGUAUGCAUGCUUCGUCGAAACGCCUCUGAUUGCAGUUUUUGUAGAUUAGUUUGAAUUUGUGAAGGGUUUGGGAGAAUAUGAAGCCGUCUUCUUCUUCGUCUCCUGGAUUUACUGCUCUGCCGGAGGAAGGGGAGAAUAAAUGCUUGAAUUCAGAACUGUGGCAUGCGUGUGCUGGCCCUUUGGUUUCAUUACCACAGAUUGGCAGCCGUGUCGUGUAUUUUCCUCAAGGCCACAGCGAACAGGUUACUGCCUCGACCAACAAGGAAGUGGACACUACUAUACCGAACUAUCCUGGCUUGGAACCACAGCUGAUAUGUCAGCUCCACAAUGUUACCAUGCAUGCGGAUGUCGAGACGGAUGAAGUCUAUGCUCAGAUGACAUUGCAACCCCUCACCCCUCAAGAGCAAAAAGAUAUCUGCCUGCUACCAAUGGAGCUCGGCGGCCCAAGCAAACAGCCCACCAAUUAUUUUUGUAAAACAUUAACUGCAAGUGAUACCAGCACUCAUGGAGGAUUUUCUGUCCCCCGCCGAGCUGCGGAGAAAGUCUUUCCUCCACUCGAUUUCUCCCAAACUCCACCGGCACAAGAAUUAAUUGCAAAGGAUCUUCAUGGAAAUGAAUGGAAGUUCAGGCAUAUCUUUCGAGGACAACCAAAGAGGCAUCUUCUUACAACAGGAUGGAGCGUCUUUGUGAGCGCAAAGAGGCUAGUUUCCGGAGAUUCAGUUAUUUUCAUCUGGAAUGAAAGCAAUCAACUACUCUUGGGAAUUCGCCGAGCUAAUAGACCUCAAACAGUUAUGCCAUCAUCUGUGCUGUCGAGUGAUAGUAUGCACAUUGGGCUUCUUGCUGCUGCUGCUCAUGCAGCAGCAACAAAUAGUCGUUUCACUAUCUUCUUCAAUCCAAGGGCUAGCCCAUCUGAGUUUGUGAUACCCUUGGCAAAAUAUGCCAAAGCAGUUUAUCAUACACGAGUUGCUGUGGGUAUGCGCUUUAGGAUGCUCUUUGAAACUGAAGAAUCGAGCGUGCGUAGAUAUAUGGGUACGAUCACUGGCAUCAGCGAUUUGGAUCCUGUCCGUUGGCCGAAGUCACACUGGCGGUCAGUGAAGGUUGGCUGGGACGAGUCGACUACUGGAGAAAGGCAGCAGAGAGUUUCUUUAUGGGAGAUUGAGCCUUUAACAACUUUCCCUAUGUAUACAUCUCCAUUCUCCCUCAGAUUAAAGAGACCAUGGCCGUCGGGAUUGCCCUCGUUCUCCGGUUUUAAAGACAGUGACGUGAGCAUAAAUUCUCCAUUCACAUGGCUUCAUGGAGGAAUUGGCGAUCAAGGGAUGCAGUCGUUUAACUUCCAGGGACUUAGUGGGCCCCCAUGGAUGCAACCGAGGCUUGAUGCAUCCUCAUUUGGUCUACAAUCUAAUACUUACCAACCAAUGGUGCUUCAAGAAAUGGCAUCGUUAGAUACAGCCAAACCUGCAAAUCCCAGCCUACUCCAGUUCCAACAAAACAUCCUGUCCACAAUGCCGAAUCAAAUGCUGCAACAAUCUCACUCUCAGCUGAACUUCCUGCAGAACCUUCCGGAAAAUGUCGUUUCUCAGGCUCAGAUUUUGCAGCAGCAGUUACAAGGCCGCCUUCCGGCUGUUGACUCCAAUUCACUGCAGCAAUCCCAGCCACUGUUCCAGCAAUUUCAAGAUGUACGGUCCAAACCCACUGUCGGGUUGGCCUCCAGUUGUCAGUUUGCUCCAAUGCAGGACUUGUUGCAGUCGAACCAGCUGGAAAACUUACCUGAUUUUGACCAUAUGGGCUCGUCUAAUAAUUCUUCCUUGCAGAGUAUUGUGAGCCCGAUUUCGCAGGAUGGAUCAUCGCAACAUGUACCAAAUCCUCACAUUUCGCAAUCUUCAUUGUCCAAACGGGUGGCAAUAGACCCACAACUUUCAUCCAAGAUUUCUCUGUUCAGCACUCUCCAUCAAGGGGGACUGGGAACGCCUGAUUCCAAGGGUUCGGACCUUUCAGAUUUUCUGCCACUGUUCCCUGAUCGGGAAUUUUCAGAUUUCCAAGGCGCUGUGGCGACUUCCCAAAACAAUUUAAUGUAUGAAGUUGGGACUGGCUCGGCUCCUAAUCUGUUUAAUAAUGAUAACCAAUCAUUGUCAGCGCAGUAUGUGACCCCUACAUUUGGUGCAAGUAUGUCUGCUACGGACUUCCCUCUCGACUCUGACAUGGCUACCUCGAGUUGCAUGGAUGAAUCAGGGUACUUGCAGUCCUCAGAAAACGUGGAACAGACCACAGCGGCCACAGGAGCCUUUGUAAAGGUUCACAAGUCUGGGUCCUUUGGGCGUUCCUUGGACAUCUCGAAAUUCAGCAGCUAUCAUGAGCUUAGGAGCUCGCUUGCCCGUAUGUUUGGGCUCGAAGGCUUGCUGGAGGACCCGCAGAGAUCAGGCUGGCAGCUUGUAUUCGUUGACCGUGAGAAUGAUAUUCUCUUACUCGGCGAUGAUCCAUGGCAGGAAUUCGUAAACAGCGUGUCGUAUAUCAAAAUCCUGUCUCAUCUGGAGGUGCAGCAGAUGAUCAAAGAAGGGCUCGAUCUCCCAAAUGCGGGUCAGUCAACCCGGCCUGGUGGCAGCAGCAGCAGCAACACUUGUGACGACUACAUGGCGCGAAGGGACGCAAGAAACAACCUGAGUGGGAUACCGUCUGUUGGAUCGCUCGAAUUCUGAGGUGAGGUAAGGUAAGAGUAGCUGAUGGUAUAUCUAUGUUGUAGUAAAGUGUUUGAAUCUGUUGUUGAUUAGGAGGGAGGGACUGUAAUGUAGUAAUGUAGUAACAUUGAAGGAGAUGAAACUAUGGACUUUUUUGGUGAAUUGUAAGAAUGAAAAUUCUGCAUCUUCUUCUUC